AUGGCGACUACGAACCCGUUUGAUUUGCUCGGCGAUGAUGAUGCCGAGGAUCCAUCACAACUGAUCGCUGCUCAGCAGCAGAAGAUCGUGCCGAAAAGAGCUCCACCUCCGGUCCAGCCGGCUCAGCAGCCGCCGUCCAGACCGGCGUCUAAAUUGCCUUCGAAGCCUCUCCCUCCAGCUCAGGCAGUUGAGCAUGUCAGAAAGUUUCUUGAAGACAGCAACUUGUUGGGGAUUUCCUGUGAUGUGCUUGUUAAAGGGCCAAAUACAGACGAAUUGGAUAUUGUCAUUUGUUGGCCGAGUUGGAGCAAGGAGAAUAUAGUCCUGUUGGUGGAGUUGGAUUAUGGUUAUAAUAAGUAGGUUUAUCAUUUUAUGAUUGUGGAGAUCAGAAUUAUUUACAGUUGGCCUGUGCUAUCUGAGAUAUUUCAGAAGUCAAGGAGGCAAAAGAUGAAGCUGUGCGUGGCAGAGGCCGUGGUGG